AUGACAACAGAAGGAGGGGGUUGGACGGUUAUACAGAAAAGAUUGGACGGGACUACAAAUUUUUACAGGACUUGGAGUGAAUAUAAAACUGGUUUUGGAGAUCCUAGCAAAAACUAUUGGAUAGGAAAUGAUUUCAUACACCUACUUACAAAGAAUGGGUAUAAUGAACUUCGUGUGGAUCUCCAGAGAUUAAAUGGUCAGAAAGGAUACGCCAAAUACUCUAGUUUCGAGGUCGGAGACGAAACAAGUAAAUACAAACUCAGUGUGUCCGGAUACAGUGGCUCGAUAUUUUAUCAUGACAGUCUUCUUUACCACAAUGGAAUGAAAUUUUCCACAAAAGAUCAAGACAAUGAUUUUACCAGCUCCAACUGUGCAUUGUUCUAUCAAGGUGCAUGGUGGUAUACAAGUUGCUAUAAAUCCCACCUGAACGGUCUCUAUCCCAAGUCCGCAACAAAAGAUGAAAAACACAACAUAUGGGAAAAUUGGGUUAAAGAAGCAAUAAAAGAACAACAAUGA